CAACAUCAACAUCAUCAGCAUCAGCAUCAGCAUCAGCAAAAGGUGAGGAUGCCGACUCACAAAGCAUUCCAGUCAGCGGGGAAGCAUCCCGGUCUUCAGAUUUGGCGUGUGGAGAAGCUGGACUUGGGGGAGGUGCCCAAAGAACUGCACGGAAGCUUCUACAUGGGAGACUCCUACAUCGUCCUCCACACCAACUCCGUGCUGUCUUACAACGUGCACACCUGGAUGGGCUCGCAGACGUCCCAGGAUGAGAAAAUAGCGGCGACUAUUUUGAUGACACAGCUGGACGGCUCCCUGGGCGGCGCCGCCGUACAGUUCACCGAGCACCAGGGUGAAGAGUCGGUGUCUUUCCUCCAGUAUUUCAAACACGGACUCAAGUACCAGAAAGGGGGCGUGGCUUCAGGCUUCCGUAACGUGGUAACCAACGAAGCAAAUAUCAAGCGUCUGCUGCACGUGAAAGGUCACCGACAGGUACGCGCCACCGAGGUGGACUUGACCUGGGCCAGCUUCAACAAGGGGGACUGCUUCAUCAUUGACUUUGGCAACGACAUCUUCUCCUGGGCGGGCAGCGACAGCAACCGGUACGAGCGGCUGAAGGCCAUGCAGCUGGCCGUGGACAUCCGUGACAACGAGCGGCGAGGACGCGCGGAGCUGCACAUCAUCGACGAGGGAGAUGAGCCCGAGGAGGUCAUCAAGGUUCUGGGACCAAAGCCCGAUCUGCCUCCAGGAAGUUCAGACUUGUCUACCACGCAAAAGAGAAGAGGCUCGGCAUCUCUCUACAUGGUGUCAGAUGCUUCAGGCAAGAUGUCACUGAAGGAGGUGGCUCAGAGGAACCCCUUCAAGCAGGACAUUCUCUCCAGCAAAGAGUGCUACAUCCUAGAUAAUGGCCAAGACAACAAGAUCUUCUUCUGGAAAGGUCGGGACUCUAACAAGGAAGAGCGUAAAGCCGCGCUUACCGUUGCCAAUAAGUUCAUCACGGACAAGAAGUACUCAGACAAGUGUCAGGUCCAGAUCCUGCCGCAAGGGGCUGAGAGCACCCUGUUCAAGGAAUUCUUUGAGAACUGGCUAGACAAGGAUGAGACCACGGGUCCGUGUCAGGCGUACACGGUGGGAAGGAUCGCCGUCGUUAAGCAGAUCCCCUUUGACGCCUCCAGUCUCCAUGGCAACAACCUCAUGGCUGCGCAGCACGGAAUGGUGGAUGACGGAUCGGGCAAAGUGCAGGUGUGGCGCGUGGAGGGCGGCGGCCGUGUUCCUGUGGACGCGUCCUCCCACGGCCAGUUCUUCGGUGGCGACUGCUACUUGCUGCAGUAUACUUAUAACAGCGGCGGCACAAACAAGCACAUCAUCUACAUAUGGCAAGGAAACAAGUGCUCCAGAGACGAGUUGGGAGCCUCUGCCUUCUUGGCCGUCGCCCUGGACGACUCCAUGGGAGGCGUGGCUACACAAGUGCGCGUAACUCAGGGCCAAGAACCUCCACACCUGCUGAGCCUGUUCGGGGGCAAGCCCCUGGUCGUAUACCUUGGCGGCACGUCCCGCAAGGAUGGCCACAGCGAGCCAAGCGCCACCCGCCUCUUCCAUAUCCGCCAGAGCUCCACCGGGGCCACCCGCGCUGUCGAGGUGGCAGCGGACGCGGCUUCUCUCAACUCCAACGAUGUCUUUGUGCUCAAGUGGCCCCAUGGGAUCUUUGUGUGGAAGGGUCGCGGAGCCACGCCGGAGGAGAUGGUGGCCGGCAAACACGUGUUGAGCAUUCUGGGCGGUGGCACCCCCACCGAGGUGGCCGAGACCAAGGAGCCCGAUAACUUCUGGAAGGCGCUGGGGGGGCGCAAGGACUACCAAACCUCGCUGGUCCUGCAGAACACCAAAGUAUGGCAACCCAGACUCUUCGGAUGCUCCAACGCCAGCGGACGAAUCAACGUGGAGGAGGUCCCCGGAGAAUUGGACCAGUUGGACCUGGAGACUGACGACGUCAUGAUUCUGGACACUUGCCUCCAGCUCUUUAUCUGGAUCGGGAAAGACGCCAACGAGACAGAGAAAAAGGGAGCGGUGCGUAUCGCCGAGGAGUAUUUGAAGUCGGACCCAUCCGGCCGCCACGGGACUCCUGUCACCACCAUCAAACAGGGUGAGGAGCUGCCCUCCUUCACUGGGUGGUUCCAGGCCUGGGACCCUGCCUUGUGGGACAAAGACCUCCUGGCAGUCAUCGGCGCUCGUUAGUCUGAGGCCGGAGAUUGAGCGGCUUGUCUUGUAGUGUUGCCUGCAGUUUAGUGGUGCGUAGUUCAGUAGGCGGAGUCAACUUGGUGGCUAAUCAACUCUUUGACAAAGUAAGGAAUGAGGAUGUCUGUUACGUUAAUGGGAAGGAAAAUGGGAACAAGUCACAAUGCCCGCGCCGUUUUUUUUUUUUUUUUUUUUUUACUUUGUCCAUAUCAGCUUCCUUAAAAUAGAGCAAAACUGGUAGAUUUUUUUUUUUUUUUUUACACAUGGAAUGUCAGACAAAAUUAAUGACAUGCAAAAGGCCUGUCAUUUUUUCCUGCGGCACACAUGAAGAGAAUAGAAAAGAUGCUAUUUGAUUCAUUCCAUGUGUUUUGAAAUAACUGAGCCAUCAUGGAAUGGUUUCCACAUUGGUUGAUGGGAUGCGAAAAGAUGGCGAUCUGCUGAUCGACGUCACUUCCUGGCAGCAGAUCGUUUGAAGAAUGCCAGCUUGCUCUCCUCCCUUUUAUGUGAUUUUGCUUUCAGUGGAAUUUAGCUUUCUUUGCCUUGUGCACAUUUAGAUGGCAAAUGUUUGAGGCUUUUAAAUAAACAUGGGAACAA